CUUGAAGGUAUUACCCCUCAAGUCUCCAACUCGAUGCUUUUUCUUGAAGUCUACAGCUAGUGUAGUUCGGUUCUCAAGCAAUAAACUCUUCACUAGUCAAAUCAUGGCCCUUGAACUAGCUUCAGAGACUGUUUGGUUUGAGAAGUGGCGGUAUGAUGAUGCCGAGUGCAAAUAUCAUGAACAGAAAAAUCAGAGAUCAAGCUCAAUAAUGAGCUGCAAGGCUUCUGCAACCCCAAUGCUAGGUUCUUUGGCCAACCAGAUUGCAAGGGCUCGAGAAGACAUACAAAACAGUCGUGCUGCCUCAAAUCUUCUGCCAUCAAGCAUUGGAGCUCCGGCUGAUGUUGUCAAUCGUAUUACGAAGCUGGAAGGUGAAAAUGCUUCAUUACGUAAGAGCGUGCAGAGUUUAGAAACCACAUUGGCCCAAGUGACAGCGCGGCUAGCGGCGCUCGAGUGUUCCUGCUCUGCUACUGCAAAAGCCUCCCCUCCUCAGCUGCAGAAGCCGUCGUCUCAAAAACAAGAGCAAGACAGCAAGGCUAACGACGACGACGACGAUGAAGAUGUAGAUCUUUUUGGCUCUGAUGAGGAGGAAGAAAGUGCAGAGGCAAUCCGUGUGCGAGAAGAGCGACUCAAGUCAUACGCUGAGAAGAAGAGCAAGAAGGCGGGACCCAUCGCUAAGUCGUCAGUCCUGCUGGACUGCAAGCCCUGGGAUGACGAGACAGAUCUUAAAGUCAUGGAAGAACACAUCAGACGAAUUGAGAUGGAUGGACUUGUUUGGGGAGCAGCUAAACAAGUUCCUCUGGCUUUUGGCAUCCACAAACUAUCCAUCCUAUGCACGGUCGAGGACGAGAAAGUUUCUAUCGAUGACCUCAGCGAGAAAAUUCAGGAGCUCGAGGAUUAUGUCCAGAGCGUAGAUGUAGCCGCCUUCAACAAAAUCUAAGCAGCCUUGCCAUUAAAUAUUAAUGAUUAA